AUUCCAGUAACACAGCAAUUGCUUUUCAUCAUAAUACACUGGUGAACAGGCAAUAACAGCCACCUAAUAUUCCACAACAAUCCUAUCAUACUAGACAAGGACAGUUUUCUUAAUAACCUUACAUCAAAAAGUCAAGAAAAGACAUGUUAGUCAGGAGCAGAAGACAACAGCACAGUUUAAAAACAGACUUCAGGCUUCACAUGCAGGAUUAGCUCCCUAACAAUAAUCAUUACCCAAGAGCAAUCCACUGCAAUUCUCAGACUAACUACAAGCUUACUGCAGCCCUUGCUCCCUUCCCGCAUUAUUGUGACUUUGACCGAGAACUCAAGAGCUCUACCACUCAACUGAGCAUUGCGACUCUCUGCUGAACAACUCAUCAUGAUGAUUCAGAAGGAAGUGGAAGUCUCAGCCCAUUGUGUACCUGUGGAGCAUUUUCUUGAAAAGUUUCAAACUCCACUGAAGAGGAAAUAAGCACUGUGUGGAAGGAAGGAUGACUUCUCUCGACAUGACAUGGAUCAGCUACCCAAGCAAGAACUUGUCUUUCGUCUCCCCAGAAGAAAUCGAAGCCUUCAUAGCUUCGCAAAACAUCAUAUCAAGACUUAUGCACUGUUACAUUGCCUUUUUUGUACCAACAGGACUAAUAGCUGGCAUAUGUAUUUUGAUUGUUUUCACAAAGAAUUAUCUGCAGUACAAAGUCAUAGAAAACUUAGACUUACUACUUCUGCACUUCUCCAUCAGCAAUAUCGUACUGAUUUUUUUCUCCUUUACUGUCAUUACUAGACCCAACUAUUUACAAGCAACUCACCUUGCAUGUAAUGCACUGUCAUUUUUUUUCAACUUCAGUUAUUCCAAUUCUCAGUGUGUUUGGAUUUUUACACUUCUCAUACUAUUACUCAAGAGAUUUCCACCAAGGACUGCUCUCCACAAAGCAACCCAAAGACCCAUAUUGUGUGUUGGAUUUGUUCUUAUAUAUGCCUUCUGUUUGUCACUCACUGAGGCAGUACUGGUUGGCACAGAUAACUAUCACUUGGAAACAGAUUGUCAGUUAGACCCAUUAUUUGCAAGGCCUGAAUAUGAGAUUGUUAAAUUCACCUUUGGAUUUGGAAUCCCAUCGUUUCUUCAGAUACUCUGUUUUAUUGUUCUCUUCACUAAAGAAGCACCUGCUGAAGCUCUAACCUUACAACAGCACUUUCGUACUUACCCCGCUGCUUACGUUAUAAGCAUAAUGAUAUUUAUAUGUCGUCUAUUUUACAAUGUUAUGAUUCUCUUCAGGACAACAUUCAAAUUACAGAAGAACAUUGGAACUCCAAAGAAUGAACUUGUGAUGAAUAUUGCAGAAAUUGUGUUGUUCUGUGAGAGUUGUGCUAGUUUGCUAUUUCUACUGUGUCUUCAUAAACCAUGUAAGGAUGAAAUACUUAAAGUCAUACACAACUGCCGAAGAGAAAACGCUGCACACAACCACCUUGAAAUACCAGUAGCAACUAUGACCCAUGAAAGCAGGUCUCAGUAAUACAUGCUCUUCUGAAGAACCAUCAAUCCAGUUUCAUUUUUAAUUCAUUUGUGGGUUUUGAUUUGAUUUUUUACAUCUUCAAAAAAGAAUAAUUUUUCCUU